GUUUCACUGCGACACAAGACGGUGCUAUCAUUCCAUACACUGCAAGGAUAUAAAGGAUUUAAUUGUCUGGCUCCAAAACAAGAGGUGAAAUGGCUGAAACAUUUCGUUUAUUCCCGGGAGAUGAGAAAGGAUUGUUCAUCAUCGGCGCGCUGCUGGUCAGACUCAAGGAUGCUGUUGCCAUCGUGAUGUCACGUGUACGCCAGGUUGCAUUACAAUGCGUCAUUCUGUUCACAAUUCUUCUGCUGCUCCUGUGGAUUGCGACUUUUUUGUUUGGGAGUUUUUACUACACCAACAUGCCGCUGGCAGCCUACAUCACUCCCGUCCACUAUUACUACAGGACGAACUGUGACUCUCCAACUGCUUACCCCUGCUCCUAUCCGGUGGCAAAUAUUUCUUUGAUGGACAACCAAAAACAUGUGUUGACGUUGGGCCAAGCGUAUCGAAUCUCACUGCUGCUGGAAAUGCCGGACUCCCCGAUGAACCAGGAGCUUGGGAUGUUCAUGAUCAGGACGACUUGUUUCUCAUCCAACGGAGAGCAACUGUCAUCCUCCCAUUCAGCUAAUCAACCACAGACUGUGUCCACAUCUCGUUUCAGCAUGCUGAAAUAUCACUCCAACCUGUUGAGGACGAUUGGAACGCUGCUGUUUAUCCCAGCAUUCAUCACAGGAAUAUCUGAGCAGAAACAAGUUUUGGAAGUGGAACUCUUCUCUGACUACGUUGACAACUCGGUGAGAAAAGCAAGUGUGAAUUUGGAUGCUCGGCUAUGCUUAUCAUCACCAUACAUUCCUCCUGAUAAACAGUACGCGCCCUGUGUCACGGCCAUAAUUGAGAUCAUGUCCAACAAGGUGCAGAUUUAUUCCUCUGAGCUCCACAUUCACGCCCGUUUCACUGGACUGAGAUAUUGGAUGUUUCACUUCCCUCUGCUUUCUGCUUUGGUUGGCGUUUCCAGUAACUUUGUCUUCCUCAGUCUCAUCUUCAUCCUCAACUACACAAGGAUGCUCUGGAAUGUCCAAGGGCCAAGUGUGGGCCAAACACACAAUCCCCCACCUGAGAGAGAGGUCGAAAACAAUCGGAGCGAGAGUCAGAAUCAUUCUGCAGCACCUCAGAAUGAAAUGCUGGAACACAACGAGGGAGAGGUGGAUGAGAGUGGCAGGACAAGGACAGAAACCUCAGCCAAAGAAGAGGGUGAAGAUUCAAGUCAUGACUAA